UGUUCCUGAACGACAAACCUCCAACCCGACUGCAACCAUGUGGAUUAUCAACUGGUUUUACGAUAUCCUCGCCUCGCUCGGGCUCCUCAACAAACAUGCCAAGUUACUCUUCCUCGGGCUGGACAAUGCGGGAAAGACGACGUUACUACACAUGCUGAAGAAUGACCGAGUCGCAAUCCUGCAACCCACGUUACAUCCCACUUCCGAGGAAUUGGCCAUUGGCAACAACAGAUUCACAACCUUUGACCUGGGAGGCCAUCAACAAGCCCGCCGUCUAUGGCGCGACUACUUCCCCGAAGUGUCGGGAAUUGUGUUUCUAGUCGAUGCAAAGGACCACGAACGUCUCCCCGAAGCCAAAGCCGAACUCGACGCUCUUCUGGCCAUGGAAGAUCUCGCAAAGACCCCGUUUCUGAUCCUCGGCAACAAAAUCGACCAUCCUGACGCCGUGUCCGAGGACGAAUUGAGACAUCAGCUCGGUCUGUACCAGACAACUGGCAAGGGAAAAGUACCGCUUGAAGGCAUCCGGCCGAUCGAGGUGUUUAUGUGCAGUGUGGUCAUGAGGCAAGGUUACGGCGAGGGUAUCAGAUGGUUGUCUCAAUACGUGUAG